UAGGAAACGACAUUAUAGCAGCAAGGUCUGAGUUCAUCCAUUCCGUUCUUCAUCUUUCAUCCGACAUCACGUUUACAAUGUCCAAGACGUACAAUAUUGCCUGCAUUCCUGGAGAUGGCAUUGGAGUCGACAUCACAGAAGCAGCAGUAGAAGUACUUAACAAGCUCGCAUCGACAGUGGGGACCUUCUCGUUCAACUUCACAACCUUCGACUGGUCCUCAAAAGCCUACCUGGAACGAGGCUGGUAUAUGCCAGAAGAUGGUAUGCAACAAUUGGCCAAGCACGAUGCCAUCUACUUCGGAGCAGUCGGGUGGCCAUCUGUCCCUGAUCACAUCUCACUUUGGAACCUGAUCCUACCUAUUCGCAAAUGGAACAACCAAUACGUGAAUGUGAGACCUACCAGGAUUCUUCCCGGAACAACAGCCCCUCUGGCACAAUUGCAGAAGAACCCGGCCGAUCUAGACUGGAUCAUCAUUCGCGAGAACUCAGAAGGAGAAUAUGCCGGCCAAGGAGGCACGACCCACGAGAACUCUGCACAUACCAUUGCUACGGAGGUGGCUAUCUUCACGAGAGUGGGCAUCGAGAGAAUCAUGCGAUUCGCUUUCGAGACUGCCAAGUCAAGGCCUAGAAAGAAGCUCACUAUGGUGACGAAAAGCAAUGCCCAGAGACACGGCAUGGUGCUGUGGGAUAAGGUCUUCUACGAGGUUGCCAAAGAGUAUGAAGGUGUCGUGGAGCAUGACAAGAUGCUCGUUGAUGCGAUGACUGUGAGGAUGGUAAAUAAGCCGGAGAGCAUGGAUGUCAUCGUAGCAACUAACUUGCACGCCGACAUCCUCUCAGAUCUUGCAGCCGCACUUGCAGGAUCGAUCGGAAUCGCUCCAUCUUCCAAUCUCGACCCAACUAGACAGUUCCCGUCAAUGUUCGAACCAAUUCAUGGCUCAGCACCUGAUAUUGCUGGUCAAGGUAUUGCAAAUCCUGUUGGUGCUUUCUGGUCUGCCGCAGAGAUGGUACGAUGGGUCGGACAGGGCUCGCUUGAUGAUGUUGCGGACAAGUUCAUGACUGCGAUAGAGAAUGUGACUGGUAAUCCUGAAACGCGAACAAGGGAUAUGGGUGGCAGUGCGAAUACGAAGCAAGUCACCGAAGCAGUGAUCAAGCAGAUUGACGCCGUGUUUGCGAAGUAGUAGAAUAGAAAAUCUACUGUAAUGCGAUGAUAGAAGCAGGAA